UUGCGUGUGUGAGGGCGAGGUGAGCGCGCUGUAGGCUCGAUCUUGUCAGGCUUGUCUCAGCACUGCUUGGCAGAACCUGCUCAUCAUUUCCUGUUAUCCCCCACAUCCCUUUGACUUUCGGAGAAAUUAGACCAGGUUAUCACCAAUUUCGACACGUCAGUCAAUGCUUUCCGGUUGCGGAUAUCUGCUCCUACCGGCUGAGGCUCAACACGCCAUCCACUCGGAUGGGUGAGACAUGCAUUGAGCCUCGCCCUUUAUCUGCUGAGAUCGUUCUUCGAUCAUGACGUCGAUGAAGGCCUCUUUCAGCUGUUGAGCUGCAGGUGUCAGGCCGCACUGACUCUGGAGCUGCCUCUUCCGUUGACGUGGAGGUAGCCGUGGGGACCAAGAUACGCGCCAAAUGAAGAUCGCGGGAUGACAUGGAAGGCUUGAGGUCGUCAUCAUUGGAGCUUCGAUGUGCUCCUCCUCAAUCUCGAUAGCUCGGAGCUCACGUUGGAACUCACCGUUGGCUAAAGCUAUGAGAUGACGUCCAUGAUGCUGCCCAUGAUGAAGAGGCGGGCAAUUCGGACAACGAGACGACGUAAAGAGUAUUCAAGUAUAUAAACUUAAGUGUACCUCGACUUCUUUAGCAAUAUUCUCAUCCCAUCAUCAACAACACAAAAGUCACAGCGAAACAAACAUCAAUCAACAAUCGCCCCAAUUGAAUCCCAUACACUUGUAACUCAUAACCCAAAUCAUACACAAUGGAGAAAGCAAAGCAGGCCGUUUCUAGCUUCCUUUCCAAUGAUGGAAAGCACAGAACCACUGUCGACGAAGAUGUUAAGCCUCACGUCACUCAGGAGCAUGUUAUGCCUCAUCAGCAUGAGCAAGUGACCACUGCCCUGGAUAAGGAGGUUCAUCAAGAGCACCAUCAUACGACUGUUCAGCCUAUCACUCACAAGGAGACUCUUCCUGAGCAGCACCACCACAACCUCAUCCCUGUCGAGCACAAGACUUUCCACCAUGGCAAUGAGCAGGACACUCGGGCUACGCUCGACCGAGAAGCUGCUAAAUACAGAGAUACCAGUGAGAUCCACAGUACCACUCACUCUACUGAGACUGCUCCCGUUGUCACCGGUGAACGAAUUCAUCACCAUGUCCAUGAGCAUGUGCAGCCCGUGAUUAAUAAAGAGACUGUCCAGCCGCACGUCGUUCACACCACGAUACCCAUUCACGAAACCCACCACGCCGCACCUGUUCAUCAUGGAACUUCUACUCUACCAACUAAGACUCUAGAAGAGUUCACUCAGGAGCGCGGCGGUCUCAAGGAGCGAGCAGCUCAGAAGCUCACUGAGUUUGAGGGUUGCCCUAAGCCGUACCGACGAGAGCUCCAGAGCGAACAACUUGAAGGUGACAAAUCCAUGCACCUUCACGGCCAUGGUGACAACUACGGUGAAAACCAGGCUUUCUCUGGUCGAGAGGGCCAUGGUAUGGGAAGCAACACUGAAGGUCUGGCCGCUGGCGCCGCAGCUGGCGCCGGGGCUGCUGCAGCUACUCGCAAGCACCAACACGGUAUUGGCCACAAGGAACGUCGUGGAUCUGCCUCUAGCAGCAGCUCUGUGAGCUCUAGUGACGAGGAGUCCCGCGGUUUGGGCAAGUCAUCCAAGACAAAGAACCGUGGCCUCGGCAGCUCAACCGGAACUGGCGUUGGAGCCGGAGCCGCCGCCGCCGCUGCUGGCGCCGCUCACUCUCAUCACCAGAACCGUGAAGGUGCCGCAGCUGCUCCCUCUACACUUGAAGGUAACCGAGGCAUCGCAGGUUCUGGUAUUCCCGGAACUGCCGGUGCUGGAUCAGGUGUAGAGUCUAUGGGUACCACUGGUAACAUGAGCAGCUUUGGCUCCAGCAACCGUGGAAUUGGAAAUACCAACACUGCUGGCCUCAACAAGCCUCACACCGGCGAGUAUGACCAGGUCAAGACCGGAGGUCUUCACAAUGACCCUUUGAACAGUCAACACUCUCGUGGUGACUCUGGCGUUGGUAUGCAGACUGGCAAGAAGCCUUCCCUGAUCGACCGACUCAACCCCAUGAAGGAUGCCGACGGUGAUGGAAAGAAGGGAUUGUUGGACUAAAGCCUUUACUCAAUGCUCGGAGAAAGGCUAAACCGAUUGUACGAUUAGUGAUACAUGAUUAGUUAUGCAUGACGCAUGCAAGUUUAGCUUAGUUGUUCUGUAUUUACCAAGGUUUCUCAAGCUCCUUCAACGCAUCAUGACAUAUAGUGAACUCUAGUCUCCAUAUAAAAUCUCCUUCCGUCGA